AGUACAUGUUUUAACAUCUGGUGCUCCUCCAUGUCCGGUGAAGAAGAAGAAGAAGAAGACCAAGAAGAAGACCGUUACUUGGCUACCGUCAACAUCCCAAGUUGCCGACAUCGCUCCUUCUCUUUCUGCUGGCGAUACGUUAUCAAGGCAUCAUGGCGAGCCAGCGGCCUCCCUCGAGCUUGGGCCGUCCAAUGAGCCGUAGUGGCUCUGUGGUCCCUGGUGCUGGACGACCCCUGACCGCGGUCCGACCUCCUCCUACAGCCAUACGUGUGGGAACGGGGAUGGUUCCAGGUACAAGUGGUCCUGGUUUGAGGGGCGGUAUCCCACUCGCCACCCCUGGAGUCCUGUCGGCACAGAUCAAAGUGACGGACAGGCCCGUCACCCAACAGGGCCUCAGUGGGAUGAAGACCGGCAUGAAAGGGCCCCAGAGGCAGAUUCUGGAUAAAUCCUACUACUUUGGCCUGCUCAGGAGUAAAUUCAAUGAGCUGACCACAGAGACCAGCAAAUUGCACAAAGAGAUUGACAACUACAACCAGGAGAACUCUGUCUACCUCUCCUACGAGAAGAGAGCUGAAAGUCUGGCUGCAGAGAUUAAGGAUUUUCAAGGCCAGCUUGCUGACUACAACAUGCUGGUGGACAAGCUCAACACCAACACAGAAAUGGACGACAUGAUAAACGACAAUGAAGUUUUGAAAGCCCAGAACGACAACGAGGCCGACAGCAUCGACAGCGUCUUCACCGAGAGGAGGGAACGGGAGGAGGCGAUCCGGGCGGUUGACGAGGGGAUCCGGAGGGAGAGGCAGGUUGCCGACGAGGUCGUCCAGUCAAUGCCAGCCGCUAAACAAGAGAAGUACCUCACCAUGGCUUCAGCCAAUGAGGAGCUGCUCCAGGAACUAACUGUUCUCCAGGAGGAGGUGGACCAUCUGGUGACCAGGAAGGAGGACUACGAGGCAGAGCUGGCCAACUCGCAGAUAAAACAGGAAGUGGUGCGGCUUCACGAGUCUCUGUCGGCGCUGCAGGUGAAGCGCGACGCCAUGGAGGUGGAGCAGAAGACCCUGGGUUCGCCGCAGGAAGAGAGAGAGAAAUUACUCAAACAGGUGAAGGAAGACAACAAGGAAAUCGCCAGCAUGGAGAGACAGCUCACAGAGAUCAGAGAACAGUCCACACAAAUCACAGAGCAGAUCCGACAGCUCCAGGAGGACUCGGAGGAAGCUCAGGGGGAGUGUCAACAGAAAUACAAGGAGCUGAAGAGGAAAGAGGAGGAAAUCGACCGGUUCCUGGAGUCGUUUGAGGAGUCCAGGGUUCAGGUGCAGGAGACGAUGACACAGAGCCAGGAGGACAUCGUCUCCCUCCUGGAACACUGCAGCAGGAGCAUGUUGCGGCUCCGUCAGGUGGAUACGGUGACGGCCAGUGAGCUGAGGAACAUGCAGGAGGUGCUUGUCAGCAAGGAGACCGAGGUGGUCCAAUCAGCGAGCACCGCCAGGGGACUGACAACAGAGUCCCAGCGUCUGCAGCAGGACCUGGAGAAGGUGCAGCAGCUGGAGGGGAAGAUCACGGGCGAGCUGAGCACCCUGAAGGAGCGCGUCGGCACCAUGGAGACCGAGCUGCACACCUACCGAGACCUGGACAACCUGAGGCACACGGCAGAGGACAAGAAGAAGAGGCUGCAGGAGGCGCAGGUGUCGCUGACGCAGCGUCGGGAUUCCUUCCGACAGCUGUUGGAUGAGAUGAAGCAGAAAUAUGAAGCUGUGAAAACCAAACUGCAAGAAAACGAGACUCACGCUGAGUUGGCUAACCUGGAGAGGAAGUGGCAACACUUGGAGCAGAACAACUUUGUCAUGAAAGAGUUCAUUGCGUCCAAAUCCCAGGAGAGCGACUACGACUCGGUUGCCAAGAUCGUCUCUCAACAAGUGGCUGAGUACAACAAGUGUCUCAUAGACGCACUGCAGAACAACAGGAGUUGAACACACAAGAAUAAUUUAUCAAGUUUUUGUCAAACUGUCUCUCGUUUGUGGCGCUGCCAAUUUGUUUGGGCAGCUGACCCCUAUCCAGUUAAUAAAAUAGAUCCAUGGUAUUUAUCUAAAAUAUUUUGUAUUUAAAAAUUACAGGUGAUUCCACAACUCUGUGGGUUUCUGUGAAUUAAACUUCAGUGCUCUAUUAUAAUUUGAAUAAAUCUGUUUUGAAAAAAAAAAUCUUUAAUGUUCUUGAAGUUGCACCAAAGCUGUUUUGAAGCAGUUUUUAGUCAACACUCAAAUUCAAGUGUGGUUACAACAAAGUCCUGGUGUUCAACCUGUUGUUCUGAAAGAAACUCUGGUGACGUCACUGGUGGUGGGUUGUAUUCACGGGAUUGGCAAUAUUGUACACAAAUGAUACUUUAAUGUUCAGGAUUAUUAAUACACCUUGAUGAUGAAUUAAUACGUUAGUGUGCGACAACAAAAAUUAAGUCAAGGUACGUAACUCGCAGAAAAUGUUGUGCUUUAAGGUUUGUUAAAUAGUCCUCCUGGUCUCUUGUCAGUUCUGUUCAAAACUUUUCAAUCAUUCCACGACUUUCAUAAAUCAAUUCAUAUGAAAUAAUUUCCAAGCCCAAUGUGAAAAAAUUUUCACAAUAUGACAAUAAUAGCUGUGCAUUUUUCCCUUGAAACAAAAUCCCCAAAUCUUACUUCAUUUUUAGAUUUAUUGCUUUUAAUUACAGGACAAAAAAACAGAUCAACAGUUUGCAUAAAAACCAAAUUCCGCUCUAGAAAUAUAUUUGACCUUUCCAGUACAUCGAUAUCAAAGAGUAAACAUUACAACUGAGAGUGGCAGCAGAGUGAUCCCUUGCAAAUGUACAGUACAGCAUUAUUUUCUUUCCAACUAUCAAGGUCAACAAAAAAGUACACAUGGGUUGUUCGGUGCAUCCUCAGUAUGUACACUGGACUUCACUCUUCAUCUUUUAAAGUCUGCCUGGUCCACGUCUGGUCGCCGCCACUGACUCCCGGAUUCAGAAAUCAGUAAGAUUUCAAGCCUUGGACUAGAGUAUGAACUUUGUGGGACAGUUUGGGACAUAAAUAGUCGUCAAAGUGAAACUGGAGACAGUCCGAUCUGAGAGCAGUGGGUUCAGGGUGUUUAACAGAUUGACAUUAAAUAGUCUCCACCACUGGCAAUCUUCUGGCAGUCAAUUUAAGUGAAACAACUGUGUAUGCAUAGAUUUCUAUUUCACCUUGUGCACUGACAGUAGUUUGAUUAAUGCUAAUCAAAAAUAAAAUGUCCACAAGGCCCGAAAGAACCAAAGAGCAGCCUGAGAGUUUCUCUCUCACACACUCAAACACACUUAAUUUGCAUAAAACUAUCAUAAUUUCAAAAUUUAAAGCGCAUCACCAAGAAAAAAAGGCUUAGGAAAAAAAUUCUAUUCAAUUUUUCCCCCAUCCUAAUGUAGACGGAACAGAAAACACAAACUUCACACACAGGCUAUGAGAUGUUCCAUGUUAUUUUGUCUUGAGACCUGUGAACUCCUUUUAAACAAGCGCUCAGUAUUGAAUGCAUUAAAGACAUGGUGAAAUAAUAAAUAAAUACUAUUCAAUAUUUUUGAAUGCAUUCAAAACUACAGAUCUCAUUGAAAAGUCCAGAAAUAAAGUUGGAUUUUUACUUUUUUUUUAAAAAAGCAACAAGCCGUCUGACUUAACUCCUAAAGAGCUGUUGUGACAGAAAUACAUCUGUUUUCUGUUGGUCAGUCUGUAAAGUUAAGUGGAAACAAAACACCUUGACCAAACUGCCCACUGCUCCAUCUCAUCCACUCGUGAAGGCAACAGCUGAACUAUUUUUGAAAAAAUAUAUAUAAGUUUGAAUCUUUUUUAUUUUUUAACUUUCCAAACCUGACUAUCACGGCAGAUUCAUACAGCGAUUGGCUACAUGUUGAGGUGGCAUCUGAACCUCUUAUUGAAGCUCCUUCUAAUUUCUUCUAACUCAUUUUGUGCCCUUUCCUUUUCAGUAGGUUAGGGGUAAAACUAGAUUAUAUAACUUCUCACUUUUUUAGAUAGACAUUACUGUGUAAGUACUGAGUCAGUUCUCUUACUUUAUAACUAUUUAGUAUUCUCCAGCAUUAAACAUCACAUUAAGUCACUUGUGGCCACAGUUCAGGUUUUAUGAAUGGGAACGUCAUCUGGCUACAGCACCUUGCAAAAAAUGACACGGCUACGAUUAAGUCAACUUGGACAAACAACACGCAAAUAAAUUGAAGGGGCAAAGUUGUAAAUGAUCAGUUUAAAUUUAAGGCCGACAGACAUGAACAGGAACAUUAACUUAUUUUUUUUUCAGUUUGCUUUGUGUCCAUUCACAUCUAGAGUCCUAGUAGUGGUUUAAAAAUCUCAAGUCCUGUCUCGAGUGAGACCAAAGCUUAUCACCAGUACAACUUCCUCUUCGGGAGAGCAUGAAUCUACCAAAUACAUUUUAGUAUUGAGAGGCAACUUUAGAUAAAAAGUUAAAAAACAUUAUUUCUUCUGAGACCAUGAAGUACAACUGCAGGUAGAUGGCUGAUGUCCGGGUCGAAUGACUUUUUUCUACAGUAACUGUAGUUUUUAAUUAAAAACACAGUAAUACUCAUCAUAAACAUCAGCCAGAAAAAAAAAAGAUAUUUCACACCUGUAACACAAAAUUAUAUUCAAACAAAAUCAAAAUACUGUAUUUGCCUGUAGUUUAGUGGAACAUGAAUGAAUCCUUACAACAACCUGCUUCGCAGUGACAAACUGUUUUAGUGCACUUCCACUUCACAAAACUUUUAAAAUCACAUAAUACAAAGCAGCAAUCCCCUUCCAAUAAAACACAGAUCAAGUGGCAAAAAUGCACGAGAUCCAUCCAUUUUCAUACACUCCCGAUUCCUUAAAUGAGAAGGUGUACAUUCAGAAAAAAUUUAGCAAAUAUGAAAAUGCAAAUAAACAUAAAAUCCAUUUUGCUUACAUUGUGGGUUUUUUUGAUUCUUGUUUUAAUCUUCGAAAACUACUGUACAUUUGUCGGACAAAAAAAUCCCAGGUGAACAGUAAUAACGAGGAAAGUGUUUAAACACCGUUUUCAGUCGAGACUUUUUCAAGCAAAAAAAGUUUCCCCAAAAAUCUGUCAACUUCCUAAUAAUUAUGUAAUAAGUUACUAGUUUCCAACCCUCAGUGCAAAAAUAUCAAAAAACAAACGGAAAGGGAAGAGACCAGGAGUCACGUGGAAUAUUCUGUGUGCGCGAGACAAGUCUCCAUCUCCACGGAAACAUGUUUUUUUUUCUCAGGCACGAGUACUGAGGCUUUGUUCACUGAGCCCUUGGCAGGUUGAGAUUUUUUUGUUUCCCUUUCCUGAAGCACACAGAUGCUUUAGUGCGCUGCUCUCACACACUUUGCCUGGGGGGGAAGAACAGAGGACUGUCACCGUGGUAACGAGACCAGAGGAAGUCUUCAUCCCUUCUUCUUCUUCUGCUUCUUCUUCAGUCCGCAUUGUCGAAUGCUUCUGAAAUGUGGGAGGCUGCGUACUUUAACCGGAAGCCUCCUGCAAUGGAAACACACAAGCAUCCACAUGGACACACACAGAUGUAUCCAAACACACAAGAGGAUACAAAAUCAGUGGAUCAGCUGAGGAAAUCACAAAUCUGAACAUUGCAUGAAGUCAGUGAUUUCUGUCGGGGCUAGAUCUUGAUUUGAACAAGUUUUUUUUUUUUUUUCUGCUUUAAAAAAAAUCCUGAGCAAAAUCUAAAAUUAAGUUUCUUUGAGUCGAACAAACUGUAUUGUCGUUCCGCCGCUCGGUCGCCGGUUAUCGUUCAUCUCGGCUGUCUACGAAAAAUCGAUUCUGCAGAGACAUUGCGAGGAACUUCGUCUUGUCAGAGUGGCUUCAGAUAACGUGACUCGAUGAUCACCGUUAAAAAAAAAAAAAGAAGAAAAUAGUUCUGAGUCUGUUAACUGAUUUUUCAUCAGUUUAAAUCUGCAGGUUUCACCAUCUACAGGCCUCACCACGUUUUUGAGGUUUUCGAAGAGACUUUCAAAAAGAGAACACACUGCUGUUAACACUGAUGCCCACACACGUUCAUGUUCACCAAACCAAUAAGUUAGUCCUCAUCCUUCAAGACGUUUUCUCUUGUAAACCUGAAGAAUUUAAUUUGAACACACAAACAAUCAAGUCCUAAGGAUUAUCGUCUCCGCUGCCUCAUUUUGCUGUGCAAAAAAAAUUUGUAAUGAUCUCAUUAACGUUCCCUGAGGCUGGAGCACAAAAAAAAAAAUCACACUGACACUAAGGUGGUAUGUCGUCGUUGGCCACAAGGGGCAGCAAUGCUUGAAAUAACAAUCAAAGGAGUCAUUACUUUUAAUAUGUAGAGUUUACAGUAUUUUUUGUUUUUUGUUUUACAGAAGUCGUUGAGGAGGCUGAGGACUAACUGGUUAGUUUCCGUCCUGAGUUUUUCUAUGGGAACCAUGGGAACGCAGUUAAGUGUUGAUCGUGUGACUGUGAUUCUAAAGCCACCUGCAUGAAAGAAGUGUGAGCGGUUGCAGUUGUAUUUUUCUUUUUAAAAACUCGUAAAACUUUAAAAACAUUCACAGAGCAGCAGCAAACAAAAAAAAAGAUACCACUAAUAACACCCCUUGCCAGCAGGUGGCACAAGAGUUUGGCUCUACAGUUACUGCUGCAAUUGCCUCUUGAAGGUGAUAUUGACAUUUCUACAACUACAUUUCUAAACCACCACUGCUUUAUUCUUUACUACAGGUGGACGAAGUCUAACGUUGACUCAACAGUUUGCCUCUCUUGUUAUGUGGAGCUGAACUUCCUCAACUCUGUUGGUCUACGACAACCCUCUGGACACUCACCUUUCCUCUGAGGCGACACCAAACUACCAUUGGUCACAAAGGCAGCUCCUUUCCCCUUCCCCUUGUCCCUGGAGGGAGACGGACAGAAAACAAGGGGACAAGGUAACAUCAGCGGGGGCAUCCAGUAACAAGGGAGAGAGAUGUGGUAAGUGAGGAGUAGAGUCAGUGGUCACUUUUUUUCUAAACUAUGACGUUUAACAAGAUGAAAUAUUCUAGUCAUCGGACAUCUGGAUUUUAGAAACAAGCUGAGCAAACAGCCCGUGCUGACAUGCUGUGUCACAGAAACACAGAUUUUCUACUUUAAACUGGUUUUAUGACCAAGGCCGUUUGUUUUGGAGAGGACCAAUCCUCCGCAGAUAAUUAGGCUGCCGGUAAAAACCUGAACUGAGGGAAUCCUGACCAAUAAUAAAACGUCAACGAGGUGUUUAAGAAUGAAGCCAGUGGCACAUUUUGGUGGAAAACACUGCGGCAGUGUCACAGUCCAGCAAAGUUUCCUCAUCGGCGUCAUACAAUCCUAACAAGGCUUUGCUGACCUACCUGUCUGAGGGCAGGACCCUGCUCUUGGUUUUAGUGACUGGGUGAACUCGCUUCUCGGUGUCCGGGUGCUGGGAACAAGAAAAAUGAGUCAGAACGUUCCACGUUUCAAGUGUUUACAACAGCAAUCAGUUUUUCAGGAGUCACUAGUUCACAAAAGACAGAUAAUAGUGACGAUGAUAUAAUUGAAGAAUGCACUUUGCUUAUGCACUCAAAACUUACACGACUCUUUGUAACUUAGAAAGUUGUUUCUAUCCAAAUACUAUCCGCAGACCAGUGCAUUAAAUCUAAGAAAGGUAAACGGUGUACACUAUAUCAUUGUUUGGAGUUUCUUGAGAGUUUUAGAUUGGUAUUAGUAAAUCUUAUUUAAUGUUACACGUGAUGUUAUUUUUAUGCUAUGUAUGCAGUACAAUGUAAUACAAACUUGGGGUGAAAACAUUACCUCCUUGCCGAAGGUCAAAUAAAAAUAAAAAAGGGGGAAACGGAGAAAUGUUCUUGUGAAACUGAUCCCAUGAGAGACUUGACAAGGUAAGAACUCCAAUAAAUUCAAUUCCUUAAAAAUUAUAUCUGCAUGAAGUUUGACAAUUCCAAGUUGUAAUUAUUUCAAUCACAAAAAUGGAUGAACAGAGUCGUGACAUUUGAAUAGCAGAGAGACUCUCUCUCUCUCUCUCUCUGCUAUUCAAAUGUCACGACUGUGUGGUGUGUUUUGUCAGCAAAGUUCGCUCUCUCUCUCUCCGCUCACAUGUAUGUAGUCUUGAGCUACAUCAGUGAGAUUAGCGGUGAGUACUCCCAUUCACGUGGCAGUGUGUUACACAUCUGUACACACACACACACACACACACACACACACACACACACACACACACACACACACACACACACACACACACACACACACACACACACACACACACACACACACACACACACACACACACACACACACACACACACACACACACACACACACACACACACACACACACACACACACACACACCUGCAGCGGAGAGGCUGAGUAAAUCUUACUGGCCCUUCAUGUGUCUACACCCCGUAAUGAUUAACUGAUGUUCGUGGAGUUGUCCGUAACGGUGAGCUCUGGUUCUGAACUUUACAGUCGAGUUGAUCAUUAAACCAACAACAAACCUCCGUUACAUGUGAGAAAAGCAAAGACCCCCCCUCCCCUUACCUUCACCUGUUCAGCCUCCUGACUGCUCCUCAGUGCACAGCUCUUCUUCCUCCUCUCCGCAGGACCGUUGACCUCUGCAGUGUGGCCCCCCCUCCGCCCGUCCCCCUGGGAGGCUUUGGCACUAGACAGGCUGAUGUCGAAGAGAGGAAUGUAAUUGUCAUGUCCUUAAAUGUUUAUUAGAUCGUAAUAGUCUCAUUCUCUCCUCAAUACAACUCUGUAUUACUUUUUAUAUUCCUGUUUUGGGAUAUAUAAACUUUCUAUACAGUAAAUAUUUGCCUGUAUUCCUACUAAUUAGCUGCUAUUUUUUUAUUAUAAUGUUUGAGUAGUAUUAGAUUAUACGUUGCUGCAGUGAUGGUUCUAUUUUUAUCAUUUGGAUGAAAAUGUCUUAGGAGCGUGGACGGUCUACUCACCUUUGACUCGGGCUCUUGGUCCCGUGCUUCUUCUUGUGUCCCUGAACGUACGACUCUGAGACACAAUAAUCAAGAAACAGCUUGUCAGUUUGUCAUGAAAUGUGAAAAUGUAGAACAGAGAAGAUGUUUGUAGAUGUAGCAAAACAGCAAUAAUAUAGAUCAUUGGCUCUUUAAAGUCUAGCUGUUAGCUAUUAAUGUUAACACCCAAUUAGAACCCAAAGCCCAAUAAAACCUUUACAGAACAA